UUGGUCAAUCGAAAUAAUAUCAAAGUAUGAAAUAUUUCCAAUGUGGUUAAAUAUCAAGCAAUAAGUGAAUUUUAUUUCUCUGAGUAAAACAGAAUCGUUUAUUCAAAUUCACAAUAAAAAAAACGAAAGGAUAAUGAUUUAAAUUGUCAGUAAUAACAAAUACAUUAUCUAUUUAUUGUAAAAUUCAAGAAGUCACUUCAAACAGAACAACUAGCAGUAAACAAAUUAGUUUGUUCUUUUGUUCCUUGAUGGAAUAGUAUCCACUAAUUUUGUGAAAGCCAACCAAACAACAAUUACCAACAAUGAAUCUUCCAGCUCUUGUUGUAUUAAUCAAAAAUAUCUGUAUUCCAUUCUACUUGAUAAUCUUAAUAUUUGGUUUAUUUGGUAAUGGAUUGACUGUUGUUAUUUUACAAUCAAAACGUUUACAGCAAUCCAGUACAUUGAUUUAUUUAAGUGUAUUGGCUAUUGUUGAUAUAUUUUAUUUACUUACUGGACUAUUAGUGACAAUCAUUAAUUAUACCUUUUUAUUUCCAAGUGAUAUUAGACAUUAUUCAUUGAUCUCAUGUAUUUUAACACCAUAUUUAAGUUAUACACUGGCUUAUUUAAGUGUAUGGUUAUUAGUUUCAGUCACUAUUGAUAGAGCAAUUUGGGUUGUACAACCAUUCAAUGCAAAACGUGUAUGUACAACACGUAAUGCAUGGUUAACUAUAUUCAGUAUAAUAAUUAUUCUAUUUGCAUUUGAUUCACAUUUCUUUUGGACAAUGAAUUAUAAUAUUGAUUCCAUAAAUUCUACCGUCAAUAUUACUUAUUACAAAUGUACACCGAGUUAUUUUACGCAAACUAUAUUUCCAUAUAUUGAUCUAUUACUGGUCUGUGUAAUUCCAUGUUUAUUUAUGCUGAUAGCGAAUGGAUUAAUUGGAAUACAAUUGAAACGAAUGAGUGAUUUUAAUAAAAAACGACAAAAGAAUCGUUUAUUUUUAAAUCAACCAUCAACACAUCAACCAGAACCACAAGGAACAAUAAAAUCUCCACCCACUUUAAUACCAGGUAAAGUAAAUGACUGUCGUACACAAGAUGAACAGUCAACAAAUGUCAACAAUGUGCAAUAUGCUAAAAAGCGAUGUAAAUCAAGUGCAUUAAAACAUUGUGCUAAGAAUUCGAUUAAAGGUCGUUCAAAUUUGAAUAAACCUUCAUCAUUGACAGCAAUGUUACUAGCGAUUAAUAUGUUUUUCAUAAUAAGUGUUUGUCCACUUCUUGUUUAUGAUGUAAUAUACUUUGCGUUCAAUUUAAAUACUUGGAUUGAAAAAGAUGAAGUAAUCAGGGGUGUACUAGUUUUUGGUAUUGAACGAUUUGUUUAUGUUUUAUGGUAUACCAAUUUUGCAGUACACUUCUUAUUAUAUUGUUUAAGUGGUCCACAGUUUAGAGCACAAGUGAAACACCGGUUUCAAUCAUGUUUUCAUUUUGUGAACUCACCUUGUUUAGUUAAUCAUAAACCGACAGUGAAACUACCAGAAACAACGAAAACGCAUGAAUUUCAGGAUUCUGCUGUACAAAAAUCAAUACCACGACAUAAUCUCAGCAUAAAUUAUUCACCAUCACUUAAACAAUCUUAUGGUCAUACAAUACAACCAUGUCAAAAUCAUCAUUAUCCACAACAAAGUCGUCAUUAUUCUUUUAUACAAAUUAGCGAAGAAAAUCAUCAAACAUCUAGAUACAGUCCUAUACAACCUGAUUGCAUUUAACAAAUGUAUGCUUAAUAUAUUUUGAAACUUCACUAUGAUAUCACUACUUCUGUCUGAAUUACUAUUAUCUAAAAUAUUUUGUUGAAUAAAAAAAAAUGUUAACCAUCUGCUUUGAUAAGAUUCAUUCAAUGAUUCAAUAUGAAUUGUUAGUUAUUUAAUCAGUCAAUGGAUUUUAUUCAGGCAGUUAUGUCUAUCAAUAAACUGAAGGAAAAAAAACAGCAAAGAAGUAACAACAGAAGAAGAGUAGAGAAUUACAACUUUAUUAUGGAUCAUUAUAGCAAACAAAUCUCUAUAGUAGAUUUAUGAAUAUAUUUACAGUUGGAAUACAUAUGUUAUAAAUCGAAUGAACCUUUCCUUUCAUAAAUUACAUAAAACCAUCGAUUUUUUUCUUCGAAAUGCUUUCAAGAAUUUCUAAUCCUGUACAUAAUCGUAUAUUUCAC